AUGGCUAAGGUUCCACGAAAUUUCCGCCUUCUUGAAGAGCUCGAAAAGGGCGAAAAGGGUCAAGGAGCUGAGGCAUGCUCUUAUGGACUCGCCGAUGGAGAAGAUCUUAUGAUGACCAAUUGGAAUGGCACCAUUCUUGGACCUCCUCAUAGCGUUCACGAGAAUCGCAUAUACAGUGUCAAUAUUCACUGCGGAGAUGCAUAUCCCGACGAACCACCGACGAUUCAGUUUGUCUCGAAAAUCAAUCUUCCCUGUGUUGAUCCUCGAAGCGGAAAGGUCGAUCUUGGAAAGCUGCCUACACUGGCAACAUGGAAGAGAGACUACACCAUGGAAACAAUCUUGCUUGAGCUCCGCAGGUUCAUGGCUUUGCCUCAACACAAGAAGCUCCCCCAACCUCCAGAGGGCUCUACCUUCUAA